AAAUAGUCGAAAAUCGUAUUCAUAUAGUUUCUUUGUUAGUUACACUCCCAGAAGAUGAUGAUAUGUCAGCACAUACUCUCUCCUUUUAUUAUUAUUAUGCAACAACAACUAAGCCUCAAUCCCAAUCAAGUUGGGUUAGCUAUGAGUCCUCACUAUUCAUGUCGCUCCCUUAAACUCAUCUUCAGUCAAAUAUUAUAGGAAAUAAAGUUAAGGAUACAAGAAAGCACUAAAAGUUCUGUUAUUUUCUACAGGCAUAUAUGUCUUCUUUGUUCUUGCAUCUUAAAACAUACUGUUUGCCUCAUAUUUCUCUUUUGUUUUAUAGUGUUCCUACCAAAGAAACCAACAAUUCACGUGUUUUUGGAGUCGAUUGAUUAAUAUUUACAGAAUGGUAUGGUACUGCAAUGUAAUUUUUAUAAUUCAUUUCUUUGAAACAGGAUCAAUAGUUCUUCUCAUAUGAAGUCUGCCCCUUACAUGUGUUUACAUUAGUUGACUUUACUGAUUCUAUCACCUUUUUGUAGUGUCUGGUUCAGAACAUUUCUGGGGAAAGUCAUGUAGGUGAGUCAAAAAGAGAAAUGAUUGUUUCGCAAUAUUUUGUAUCUUCCCUUGUCCUUCAUUCCAUUUCUCAAAAGGUUGCUUGACUUAGCUGAAGGAGCAAAGAGAUAGAGAAGCAACGUCAUAUAUCAUCAUGUACAUGACAACUUUUGUCCCUGGUGCGGGAUUUUUCUGUCUUUCCAUUGGAAAAUAACUUCGGCAUAGAUGUAAGACAUCUUGUUUUUCUGAAUAUAAAUGCAUAGUGCUUGCUCGCAAACUAAUUGGCUCUUGGACGCAAGAUGGUGAGAAGUGUGAGUUGUGAUGUCAAAUCUUUUAAUGGUAGAUUUAUGAUGAGAAUGGAAAAGUACGUUAAGGAGCAGAACUAUAUCCUGCACAUUAGUUUGUUCUUUCUUUCCAGUUUCAAGUGUUGUUUACUCGUUUAUUCAAGAUAAAUGUACAAAUUAAUUUCUAUAAUAAUCAUCCUUCCUCUUUCCUAAGGUAGUCAAUGUCUGGCUGAGCUGCUUUCCUUUGUAAUGAACGUCUCAAUUUAUGAUAGGGACGAGUCCAACUGAUACAUUUAUAGCCUUAUAGGAGUUGAUUCUCUUGUUUGAAGAGACUAUUGUAACCAUUAUUCUAUCAGAAACAUUUUCUUGAAGUGCAUAUUUUCCAAGUUGAACAGCUCACCGAUGUUAGUGCUAAAGUAUGUAAUACCUCAUAUGCAAAAGUAGGUUCGUUUUAGUUCGCGUGAGGCAGCCAUUCAAGCGGUUUCCUUGCUGCAUGCUUUAAUUGCAGUGGGCUCUGAAUUUUCUCCUUUGCCCCCACAAUUAAAUCUACUACGUGGUGCCAACUGAUCGAGGACGUCAUACUGGAGAAAAAUCCAUCUACAUCACUAUACAUUACUUUUCUCUACAUAUUGAUGAAGAUUCAAGAUGUUGAUUGAAUGGAACGAUUUAUAAAAUUUGGUUUGGAUGAUGUGUUAGUUAGAACGAGACAAAAUGAUGCUCGAGGUUUCCUCUAAUUGGAGCAACAAACAAUACAAACUUACUUUUUAUUUGCAGUUGAUUGUUGUCUGUAUAGUUUGAUGUCUCCUUCUUGGCAUAAGUAAGAAGAACACGUAUGGGCUUAUGUUGGUUCUUCUGGGUUUUAACGUAUCAGCUUGUUUUUUCCCACGGUGCCACCAAAGUAGAGAUGAUUCUUGGAUAUGACUAUUCAUUCUUUAUGCACUGCAUUCCUACAUAUUGGUUCCACGCUAUACGAGUGUGCCUAAAGCUAAAAGCCACACUCCCAUUCAUUAAAUCAUGGAUUCCCCUCAGUCAAUUGUGACCUGUCCCCAGGAGGAAGAGAAAACUUCAAAGAAACUAGCACGAGCUCAAUGGCUUCGAGCAGCUAUCCUAGGAGCAAAUGAUGGAUUGAUUUCCACUACAUCCUUGAUGCUCGGUGUCGGUGCAGCUAAAGAUCAAGAUCAACGGUCUAUGGUACUUUCUGGAAUAGGUGGAGCUCUUGCAGGUGCCUGUAGCAUGGCUGUUGGAGAGUUUGUCUCUGUAUCAACUCAACGAGACAUUGCAAAGUCCAUUACUGACAAAUGUCAAUUGGAGAACGAGUUAAAAGGAGACGAUGGUGGAUACAAAACGAAGAUUCAGAUAGUUUGCAGUAAUCCAAUUAUUGCAGAAAACAAGCAAGGUGGAAAGGUGUUAUAUGAAUCACCUGUGCAAGUACAGGCACAUUGUUUGACACCUGCAAGAUCUCCCAUGAUAAGAGUUAUGGAAAUUGAUGCAAGAAGAACCAUGAUGGAGGAGUCAAAACAGGACGAUGAGAGAAAAUUAGAGCCACUGCCUAGUCCAGUGAAGGCUGCUGCAGCGUCGUCUCUGGCUUUCCUAUGUGGAGCUUUUGUUCCUAUGGUGCCAGCUCUGUUGGUGAGUGAAAACAGAAUUAGGGUUGUUGUGAUGGUGAUUGUAGCAUCUUUGGCACUGUGUUUAUUUGGGGGAUUUGGAGCUUAUCUUGGUGGUUCAUCAGUUAAGAUAUCAGCUAUGAGAGUUUUAAUUGGAGGGUGGAUUUCAAUGGCUAUCACAUAUGGUUUGCUCAAGCCCUUUGAUAAUGAUGAUUAGUUACAUAAACGUUUGGAUAAUAUUUGGUUGAAGUUGAAAGAAGAAAUAGUACUCCGUUUGAGGUUGUAGGUUAAAAUAAAUUGUGGAAGUUGGGUGUGUCUAAACAUAAACUUCAAUUCACUCGAGUAGA